AUGGUCUACUCCGCCGGCCCUUCGGUGCGCCGCAUCAUGUUAGCCCUCGGGGCCUUCAUGCUGGCCAUUGCUUCUGCCCGGCCUACCGUUGCCCGGACUAGCCCUCGACUUGCAACUCGGGCGCCAAAAGCCCCUAGUGAUGAUCCGUUCUAUCAACCUCCUGUUGGGUUUGAGAACGAGGUCCCUGGGACCAUCCUGCGACAGCGCAAUGUCAGCGUGGCCUUCUUAGGACUAAUCCCGGACCCGGUCGAGGCCUUCCAGCUCCUCUAUCGGACGACUGCCAUCAAUGGAUCGGCCAUUGCGACAGUGACCACGAUCUUCAAGCCGUCGUCGCCCAAGAAGGAUCGAUUCGUCUCCUUCCACACGGCCUAUGACAGCUCCGCGACGAUCUGCAACCCCAGUUACAACUACCAGCUCGGAGCGGCACAGACGGAUAUCAUUUCCUCGGCAGAGCAAUUGAUCAUCCAGGCGUACCUCUUGCUAGGCUAUAUUGUCGCGUCGCCUGACUAUGAGGGGCCCGAUGCGGCCUUCGGUCCGGGUCAUCUGGAAGGCAUGGGUGUGUUGGAUAAUAUGCGUGCCGUAAGCAAUUUCGGAGACCACCUUGAUCUGACGAGCGACAACCCGAUGAUUGUCGGCACUGGUUACUCCGGCGGUGCCAUUGCCACCGGUUGGGCUGCCUCCCUCCAGCCAAGUUAUGCCCCUGAGUUGCACAUCAAGGGCUGGGUGCAGGGCGGUACCCCCUCAAACCUGACGGGCACCCUGGUCUUCAUCGACAACACGCUUUUCAGCGGAUUUAUUCCGGCGGCCGUCGUGGGUCUGGCGAUGCCCAGUGCCUACGGAGCCGAAUUGACGCCUGUCAUCAACAAGGUGCUGACCUCCCAUGGGCGGGAAGUGCUGCAGUCUGCGAAGAAGAACUGCGCCGUGGGCGAUAUCCUUCAAUUCUCAGAACAGUCUCUGUUCUCGAAGGACGUUCAGACAAUGGGUUAUGGGCUGCUCGAGGAGCCAACCAUCAAAUCCGUGUUGAGCAAGAAUAUUCUGGGCGCGAAUAAGAAGGAGACCCCGACAGCGCCCGUGUUUGUGUACCACGCCACGCAAGACGAGGUCAUCCCCUACUCGAACGCAUCGACCAUGGUCAACUCGUGGUGCAACAACGGGGCCGACGUCAAGUUCACGACUUACGGCAAUGGAGGGCACGCGACCACAGAAGUGAUCGCCUUGCCCGAGGCGAUUCAGUUCAUCGAGGCUGCCUUUGCGGGCACGACGGAGAACGGGUGCUCGCACAACACGGAGCUGGCGAGUAUUCUCAACCCGCUGGCGCUGGGAGUCGAGCUCGAGCCGAUCCUCACCAAGCUGAUUGAUGUGCUUGCUGCGCUGGGGCGACGCGACUCGGCUGUCAAGCAGGACCCGAAUGUUCUGAAGGACGUGGUGACCUGGUAG